GUACGGGGCCGUGGCCGUGAGGGAGCCUUCCGUCUUGUGGGAGGCUUGGCAGCUUAUGUAGAGGCCCACGGGAUCCCUUUUACUGGCUUAGCCCGGUACUGGAGGCCGCUGCUCAUUGGAGAUGCAGCGGAACGUAUGUCUCGGCCCGAGGCCCUUCAAAAUUGUGAAACAUGGCAAAUGAAAAUGAAGAUUUGAAUGAUGGCCUACCUGUGGUAAAUGAGGAGGAAGAAGAAGAAGAAGAAGGAAAUGCUCUCGAUUAUCACCAGAAUAGGAUGCCACACUCAACUUUUUAUGAUUUGGUACCAGAAGAACGUAGUGGCCAUGUAGCUGUAGCAUAUGGAAGUUAUAUGUAUAUCUUGGGUGGUUACAAGAAUGCUGCAGUUCAAGGCUACAAUGAUUUCUAUUUGCCAAGAGAAGAACUUUGGAUCUACAAUAUGGAAACUGGAAGAUGGAAGAAGAAGUAUACAGAAGGUGAUGUUCCUAAGUCCAUGUCAGGAAGUUGUGCUGCUUGUGUGGAUGGAGCACUAUAUCUGUUUGGAGGACAUCAUGUAAGAGGGAACACUAAUGAGUUUUACAUUCUGAACUUAGGAGCCAAAGACAAAGUACUGCACUGGGAGAGAAUAAAAGAUUUUAAGGGGGUGCCACCAUCACCCAAAGACAAGCUUGGAUGUUGGGUAUAUAAGAACAAAUUAAUUUUCUUUGGUGGCUAUGGUUACCAACCUAGAGAACAGUAUCAUGGAUCAUUUGAAUUUGACGAAUCAUCAUUUUGGAAUGCAAGUCAUCCAAGAGGCUGGAACAAUCAUGUCCACUUCAUUGACCUUGAAACUUUUACAUGGUAUCAACCUAUUACAAAGGGAAAACCACCUUCACCUAGAGCAGCUCAUGCUUGUGCUACAAUUGGGAACCGAGGCUAUGUGUUUGGAGGAAGGUAUCAGGAUGCCAGAACCAACGACCUCUAUUACCUUGAUUUGGAUACUUGGGAAUGGAAUGAAGUGGUACAAUCUCCUGAUCAGAUUCCUGUUGGCCGUUCUUGGCAUUCACUUACUACAAUCUCAAAUGACCAUCUGUUCCUUUUUGGAGGUUUCACGACAGACAAACAACCGUUAAGUGAUGCUUGGAUAUAUAGUGUGAGCAAGAAUGAAUGGUUAAAAGUAGAGCACCAAUAUUCAGACAAACCAAGGCUUUGGCACUCUGCUUGUACAAGCGACGAAGCAGAAGUUAUUGUUUUUGGUGGAUGUGCUAACAAUUUACUGGCUCAUCAACAAGCUGCCCAUAGUAACGACAUCCUUAUCUUCUCUGUGCAGCCAAAGUCACUUGUCAGACUUUGUCUAGAGGCAGUGAUCCACUAUAAAGAAAUGUUGGCCAAUAUAUGGGACUGUCUUCCAAAACAUCUGCUGCUUAGUAUUAAUCAACGUGCCGGGAGUAGUAACACAUCUGGAUCAUGAAUUCUGAACACAAUUACUGUUUUAGCAAACAAAGUGUGAUUUAGUUAUUCUUUGUUCUACCAGUCAAAAAUACUAGUUUGUGACAAGGUAUGGGCAAGGUGCAAAGAAGCAUGACGUUUGGUUUUUUUUAUUGGUACCUGUAUUUUUUGCAGGUUUUUGAUUUGCUUGUACUGUAUGUAUAGAAAUCUUAUUUUGUUCUUAAUAAAUGUGAAGCAAAGAAAACUAGUUUUACUUUAAACAUCUAAGUUUGUCAUCAACUUCACAAUAAUGCUCAGUUUGAUAUGCUGAACCUUAUCUACCUGAAACAACUUGUUUUUCAUUCAGCUAUUAAAAAAUAAACAGAUGCAUUUUCAAUAAAGGGCAAAGAAUUUCAUGAAAUCCAUCCUUCAUGAUUUGUCAUUUCAGGAUAAAUUAUACAUGAAAUUAGUAUUGGCAUCGCAAGUGUUAGGUAAUAACAAGCCAUCAAUGUUGAUUCCCACAUUAUCCUGGGAGUCACUGUAAGGUGGGGCAGCGGGGGAGGAGAAUAUAACAUGACACAACUGAAAACCAUAGUGGCAGUGAAUACAGAAAUCAGAGGCAAAAUUGGGAGUGAGGAAGAGUAUGGCAACUAAUGUCACUAAUCCAAAGAAAUGAGAUUGAUUCAGGACCAAAUAGACAAAUGUUUGGAAGCUGAGUGUACGCUUGAAGUAUUUAAAUAUUUCUUCCAUUCUACCUUCAAUAAAAAAUACUUUUCUGGAUUUGUACCUGAGCUGUUUGACUGAUCCAACCAAAUGCCACUUCUCUAAACUUAGACAAAAUGUUUCACUUUGCUGUGCAAAUCAGUUUGAUUUUUACUUUUGGCAUCAUUAAUCCACACUAAGCUUCAAGUAUUCAUGAAGGGUUAUAAUAAAUAAUCAAUGCUUUUCUUGUUUGGAAAGGCAGCUUGACUGUUUCCUUUCACUAAGGAAUUUGAACAUUUUACCAAAUUACAAAUCACACUACACCUGAUGAAAGAGAGGUGCUCUCAAAGCUAGUGCUUUCACUUUAACCUGGUGUUGUGUGAUUUGUAACUUUGUACACCCCAGUCCAACACUGGCAUCUCCAAAUCAGAACAUUUUACCAUAUUUGUGGAAAGAGAAACUGAGUCACUAAUUGGUACAUAACAGUAUUAUCAUCCCUUAGAUUUUUAUGCCACUUUCAGCAGAGAGAUAAUGGUGUGGGAUUGUAAUUAAGUCACCUGUAGCUGUUGUAGAGGGCAUUUAAGUUAGCUACCUUUUAUAUUACUAAUCAGUGCUAGUUUCAAAUAAAAUGAUCUGUCAAAUCUU